AUGAGUUUCGCUACAUGGAAUGUACAGGGAAUUAGGCUAAAAAAGGACAUCAUCGCUGCUGAAAUGCAAAAACAAAACAUGUAUUUAAUAGCACUUACUGAAACCAAGAAAAAAGGCCAAGGCACCGAAAAUGUUGGAGAAUAUAUUCAUCUCUAUACCGGAGUGGCAAAAGAAAAAAGAGCUGCCAGAGGAGUAUCAGUUUUAAUAAAAAAGAGCUGGAAAAACAAGAUUAAGAAUUGGGAAGCUGUUAAUGAAAACAUCCUAACAAUCAACAUCAUAUUAUAUGGCUAUAAUAUAACCAUCAUAGCAGCCUACGCACCCUCAGAGGAAGAAAGAUACAGUGUCAAGCAAGACUUCUUCGACAAAUUAGAUCAGCUCCUAGAAGAUUUUGGUAGAUAUAGGGAAGUUAUAUUGCUGGGCGACUUCAACGGACGAACGGGAAGAAAAAAUAGUAGGACCCUUUGGAGAGGCAACAACUAA